CCUGCAUUGGCAGGCAUAUUCUUAACCACUGCGCCUCCAGGGAAGUCCCAGAAUAACUGUAAACUGGAAAGAGAACUCUAUACUCUCGAGCUCAGGGAUAGUACCUAAAGAAGGACACAUUGGGAAGAGGACUGCUUCCCAGGGUUGGAGGUCAUACCUUGUUGGAGCAGGUGUGGUUGCAUCUGGAUGGCCUGGGCCACAGCUAGUUUGCAGUUACUGGGCACACAGAAGCAAUCUGGGGCUCAGGUGAGCUGAGACUGGUGGGUGGGCCUACAGAGGCAGCUAGGAUACCCUUUCAGUGAGUCCUGGGGUGUGUGUUUUCUGUGUUGGAUGGGCCACAGGAAAUGCACCUCUAGGGCUCACGUGAGCCAAGGUUGGUGGGCAGGCACACGGAAAGGGUCAGGGUAGCACUGCUGGAGCUGCUUGCUGGUGCAGUAGCCCCCUUCUACAGGAACUCCUACACUUCUGUGUAUCGCUUGGGCCAGGGCAGCUCUAGGGCUCUGUGUGGGACAAAGGUUGGGUAGCAGGCUCACUAGACAGCCAGCCCUGAAGGACCCCUGGUGUGUGGAGGCAUGGCACCGAGGAGAGGGUGCAGCAAGCAGUAACUGAGGCUGGGGCACAGGUCCCAGCUCUCUGGGGCUCCCAGCUACGUUGCUGCUUCCCAAGUCCAGAGCUGGAGAAAGCACAUAAUGCCAUAUACCCGAGAAGCUAUGCCCUGCAGAUAGAUACCUAACAUUGGAAAAUCCAGGUCAUCCUUGGUGGAAGUUCAUGUCGUUGAGCAGAUUCAUCACUCCAGUCCCUGCUGCCAUGUCUCUUUGUUCGUGAGCUCACUGAGAGUUGGUGAGAGAGGCUGAGAGAGACACACAGGGCAGGUCAUCUUGUCCACCUGCUUCUGCAGUGGCUGUCAUUGUGGGCACUCGUGUAGGACACAGCUAUCCUUGCACUCCCUGCCCAUUCUCAGAGCCUUCUCUAGAUCUCUUUGUCACUGAUUAUCCCUCCUUGUUCUUUCCAGAUUCCUGACCCUCCAGCCAAACAUUAACUGCUGUCAGUGAGUCGGUGUGGAUUUGCCUCUCUGGCCAUUUCUCCUUCCUGACCAGGGGUACAACCACGCAUACUAAUUGAAUGUCUGCUCACUGGCUGGAUCUCACCUCCUCAUCGGAGCCUUCAGGACCAUCUCUGAGUGCAGCAUCUUGCUGCAGCCAUCCACUGCUGACUAGUGCCAGGACAUCAUUUACCACUCUCUGUACACGGACUUAAAUUUUUCUUCCUUCGUUACUGAUCAUAAGGAACUCACCAGGAGGCCAUAGACUCCUUUUAAUUUUGGCAUGAAUCAUAGAACACCACCCUACCCCGCUGGGGAUUACUGUCUUCUGUGCAGAAGCGAGCGGAAAGACUCUUCGUUCUUAGAGAGUGGAGUAAAGACUGCAAGCAAGCUGGCCCUGUCCAUGGCGCCCAAGGGCAACAGCGUGCUGCACCUGCCUCUGUGGGUGUGCCCGGACUGCCGGCGCACCGUGGAGAACGAGGAGCGGCGCGGCAGCCUCGACCCGCCGGCGCAGGGUCAAGACUUCCUUCUUCACUCCCCGCUCGGCAGCUCGCAGCCCGAGGCCGGUGGCGGGAGGCUCACCCUGGGCGCUCAGCCGUUACCCACAGCCGCCCCCUCGGACACCGCGUGCGCCUGCGAGGCCUGCAGCGAGCGCAGGGAGAUUUCGGCUGAGGCGGAGCGGGAACCUCAGCAGCUGCAGAACUACUGGUCGGAAGUGCGCUACACAGUCCGCUGCAUCUACCGGCAGGCGGGCACCCCGCUGGCGGACGACCAGGACCAGUCUCUGGUGCCCGACAAGGAGGGGGUGAAGGAGCUCGUGGACAGGCUCUGCGAGCGGGACCCCUACCAGCUGUACCAGCGGCUGGAGCAGCAGGCCAGAGAGUACGUGCUAGAGAUGAAGGUCCGGCUCCUGCGGCAGCUGUCGGCCGCGUCCAGGGUGAAGUCGCCGUCCGCCCUGCAGGGCCCCCCGCAAGCGCACCAGUUCAUCUCCCUGCUCCUCGAGGAGUACGGUGCCCUGUGCCAGGCGGCGCGCACCAUCAGCACCUUCCUCGGCACCCUGGAAAAUGAACACUUGAAAAAGUUCCAGGUUACGUGGGAGCUGCACAAUAAGCACCUCUUUGAAGAUCUGGUCUUUUCGGAGCCACUUCUCCAGAGCAGCCUGCCGGCACUGGUGUCGCAGAUCAGAGCAAGAAUAACCUUAAAAGCAGCUGGGGAAGGAGGACUGGGGCCAAGGUGGUCAGGACAAAGAGUUACUGGUGUGGCCCGCACCCUGCUUCCAGCAGCUCCCGCACCACUGCCUGCGUCCCGCCCAUUCCGACAGCGCCGUUACGUUCCAUGGCUGGGGACCACGACGCACGACACCUGCAACGAGGACACGUACAGCACCCUGCUGCAGCGGUACCAGCGCUCCGAGGAGGAGCUGCGCGGGGUGGCCGAGGAGUGGCUGGAGUGCCAGAAGAGGAUCGACGCCUACGUGGACGAGCAGAUGACAAUGAAAACCAAACAGCGCAUGCUAACAGAAGACUGGGAGCUUUUUAAACAAAGGCGAUUCAUGGAAGAGCAGUUGACGAACAAGAAGGCCGUCGCUGGCGAGAACAGCUUCACGGACACCAUGAGGCACGUGCUGUCGUCGCGACUGAGCAUGCCCGACUGCCCCAACUGCAACUACAGGAGGAGAUGUGCUUGCGAUGACUGCAGCCUCUCACACAUCCUCACUUGUGGUAUCAUGGACCCCCCCGUCACUGGCGACAUCCACAUUCACCAGCUACCACUCCAGGUGGACUCUGCUCCCGACUAUCUCUCUGAGAUGCGCCCACCUAGCGUGUCAUCAGCAAGCUCAGGGUCAGGUUCCAGCUCUCCCAUUACAGUUCAGCAACAUCCCAGACUCAUCCUCACAGACAAUGGCUCUGCACCAACUUUUUGUAGUGACGAUGAAGAUGUUGCGCCGUUGUCAGCUAAGUUUGCUGAUAUUUAUCCGCUGAGUAACUAUGAUGAUGCCGAGGUGGUGGCCAGCAUGAAUGGAAUCCACGGUGAACUGAACGGUGGCGGGGAAAACAUGGCCCUGAAGGACGAGGUAUGGGCAUGCGUCUUCAUAGUGACAUCCCCUCAGGUAAGCAGUACCAGCAGUAGUUCUUCAGAGGCUGAUGACGAGGAGGCAGACGGCGAAAGUAGUGGGGAGCCCCCGGGAGCCCCGAAGGAAGACACAGCUCUAGGAGACGGGAGCCCUGGGAAGGAGGAAAGUAAAGUGGACAGUCCACCCCCGUCUUACUCAACUCAGCAGGCAGAGCAAGCUCCAAACACUUGUGAAUGUCACGUCUGUAAACAAGAGGCGUCUGGAUUGACGCCGUCGGCAGUGACCGCUGGAGCCCUUCCUCCUGGCCACCAGUUCCUGAGCCCCGAGAAGCCCACACACCCCGCUCUGCAUCUUUACCCCCACAUCCAUGGACAUGUGCCCUUGCACGCCGUCCCACACCUGCCUCGCCCUCUCAUCCACCCCACCUUGUACACAGCGCCCCCCUUCACACACAGUAAGGCUUUACCGCCAGCACCUGUUCAGAAUCACACAAAUAAACAUCAGGUAUUCAAUGCAUCUCUUCAAGACCAUAUUUAUCCGAGCUGUUUUGGGAAUACUCCAGAGUGGAAUAGUUCUAAAUUUAUAAGUCUUUGGGGAUCAGAAGUGAUGAAUGAUAAGAACUGGAAUCCUGGCACUUUCUUGCCAGAUACAAUUUCUGGGAAUGACAUAUUAGGGCCAACACUCUCAGAAACAAGACCUGAAGCUCUUCCACCUCCAUCUAGCAAUGAAACGCCUGCAGUUCCGGAUAGCAAAGAGAAAAAAAACGCCGCGAAAAAGAAAUGUUUGUACAAUUUCCAAGAUGCUUUUAUGGAAGCAAACAAAGUUGUGAUGGCCACGUCGUCAGCCACCUCCUCCGUGUCCUGCACGGCCACCACGGUGCAGUCGAGCAACAGCCAGUUCAGAGUGUCGUCCAAGAGACCGCCCUCCCUCGGUGACGUCUUUCACGGCAUCAACAAGGAGGAUCACAGGCACGGGGUGCCGGCGGCCCCGAGGAACAGCCCCACAGGUCUGGUGCCGCUUCCUGCCCUCCCUCCCACCGCCCUCUCUCCAGCUUCCGCGCCUCACCUUGCCAGUCUCGCAGCCCCGUCCUUCCCCAAAACGGCCGCCACCUCUCCCGGGUUUGCGGAUUCACGCAAGAGCUUCUGUCCUGCUCCCGUGGCCCCCACCACAGACGGCUCCGUCAGCGCGCCUCCCAGCGUCUGCAGCGACCCCGACUGUGAAGGGCAUCGCUGCGAGAACGGCGUCUAUGACCCGCAGCAGGACGACGGAGACGAGACUGCGGAUGAGGACAGCUGCUCCGAGCACAGCUCCAGCACCUCCACCUCCACCAACCAGAAGGAGGGCAAGUACUGUGACUGCUGCUACUGUGAGUUCUUCGGGCAUGGCGGGCCUCCCGCUGCGCCAACAAGUAGAAAUUAUGCAGAAAUGAGGGAAAAGCUUCGUUUACGGCUGACCAAGAGGAAGGAAGAGCAGCCUAAGAAAACGGAUCAGCUCUCAGAAAGGGAGAGUGUGGUUGACCAUCGCAGGGUGGAGGACCUGCUCCAGUUCAUAAACAGCUCGGAGACCAAGCCCGUGAGCAGCACGCGGGCCGCCAAGCGUGCACGGCAUAAGCAGAGAAAGCUGGAGGAGAAAGCACGCCUGGAAGCGGAGGCCCGGGCCCGGGAGCACCUGCACCUGCGAGCGGAGGAGCGGCGGCGGGAGGAGGAGCAGCAGCGGCUGCAGGAGGAGCUCCAGAGGCUGCAGGAGCUUCAGAAGCUGAGGGCCGUGAAGAAGAAGAAGAAGGAGAGGCCAAGGAAGGCCUGUCCCGAGCUGGACAUGCUCGCUCGGAGUCUGCAGGCGGCCGCGGAGGCUGUGCCCGGCUCUGAGAGCAUGCACAACGGCUCGCUGGAGCCGAGUGAAGACCCGGAAACCUCCUCUCGCUCCCCCUCCAGACACGUGGACCAUAGAGACACGGGGCCGGGGCCGGGGGCCGACGCGGACACCCCCGACCCCGUGGCCGCCAGAGACUCCAAGCUCCUUCUGCCGAAGGGGGUCAACGGGAAGCAGCAGCAGCCGCUGUCCUUUCUCCUGGACAUGAUGCAUCAGCACAAGGAGGGAAACAGCAAACAGAAGCUGAAGCACAGCAGUAAAGCGGGCGGCGAGCCGGCGAGGAAGCCCUUGGAGCCCCCCAGAGCCUCAGAGGCCCAGCCCCGGCCCCGGCCCCAGGCUGAGUCAAAGGCCAGAGUGCUUGACCUCACGCCCCUGGCGGAGCACAGAAGGGAGGAGAGGAAAGUCAACAGCAACAACAACAACAGAAAGCAGCUGAACCACGUCCGGGAGGAGAAGCCGAGCCCGGGCCCCGCAGAGCCCGCCGCGCCCAGCGAGCACCCGCAGAGUGGCAAGCCGGUGCCAGCAGACUCUCCGCAGCCCAAGGGCAAGAGCAAGAAAAGCAAGAAGAAGAAGGGAGACAGAGGCAGCGGCUCAAUCGAUGAUGUCUUUCUGCCUAAAGAUAUCGACCUAGACAGUGUGGACAUGGACGAGACAGAGAGGGAAGUGGAAUAUUUCAAAAGGUUCUGUUUGGAUUCCGCUAGGCAGACCCGACAGAGACUGUCCAUCAACUGGUCCAAUUUCAGCUUGAAAAAAGCCACCUUUGCUGCCCACUGAACGAGGACCGCCUGGAGAGGGACACGCGGGCGGUGGGCCGGGCGCGGAGCUGCCGUGCCUGCCCCGGGCCGUGCGGGUGGGCCGCCGCACCCGAGCCCCCUCCCGACCGAGACCUUGCUGCUCGACCGGCAUUGUUAGCUCCUGUGCGUGUAGUCUGUGAGUGAGCCGCCUUGACCGUAGCUCUGCCGUCGGAUCGGAACAGUAGCUCUGCCACCUUCUCCACCGCCGCGGCCUCGGAGGCCUGGGCCGCGGCCGGACGGGUUCGCAUCCCCACGUGGCCCGUUGCCUCUGUGUCUCGCCCUGUCCCGCCACCUGUCCUGCCGGGGUGUCGCUGCGCUCAGCUCUCUGUGCCCUGCGUCCCACCCGAGGCAGCCGGGCAGGGCAGGGCUCUCCGUUCUCCUCCACAAUCUACUGUUUAAGAGUGUACACGUCGCGCUGUCCGUGUCUGAUCCCCUUGACUUGUAGCCAGCUUGUGUAAGAUCCCUUGCAGAAUGAGAAAGUUCAAACACAAAGCACCCACCCAGUACUCACACCAUCAAGUCUGUUAGAGUGUUCGGCUGUAUUAACACGGAGGCCUGCCUGGCUACUUUUUUAACAUAUUGUUAAGUAAUAUUAAAAUCAUGUCUUUCUUUUUGAAAGAUGGAAUACAUUAGUACAGCA